AAAUAGAUUCUAUAUAAAACAAAACACCAAAAUUGAAAAAGAUUUAAUUAAAAAAAGUAUCUCGAACGAAGUCUAAAACAAGUCUUUGAAAAGUAAACAAUUUAAUUUUGGAUUCUGUUCAAGAACACCUACAUCUCAAACAACUACAUCGUCGGCUUCUUAAGAACCUCAGGUGAUUUUCACCCACAUUACCUAAAUAAAGGCUCAAAUAGUGAUUUGAUAAGAAAAAAAGAAACAAUACGUUAAGAGAAAUGGCCGCAGAAGUUGAAAAUCCACCAGUUACAGCAUCCGAGGAGAAACAAGAAGAAGCACCAGCACCAGCUGUUGAGGCACCAGCUGUUGAAUCCGCAAAGGAUGGUUCAGUCCCAGCGGAAGAAGCCAAAGAAGCUAUCGUUGUUGCCAAGGAUGCAGCUCCUAAAAAACUCAACGUGUUCAAACAGAACUUUGAUAAGGACGUCGUCUACUUGUACCAAUUUGCACGCACCACUUCUCUUCCAUCUCUGUCACCUUAUGUGCUCAAAGUUGAGACUUGGCUUCGCCUGACUGGAUUGAAAUAUGAGAAUGUUGAUCAUAAGUUCAAGUUUCACUCGAAAAAAGGACAAUUGCCGUUCAUCGAGCUCAAUGGACAACAAAUUGGUGAUUCAACCACCAUCAUUAAGGAACUGUCACAAAGAUUUGAUAAGGACAUUGACGCCGGCUUGACCAAGGAACAGAGGAACAUUUCUCAUGCCAUGAUCUCGAUGGUCGAAAAUCAUUUGACGUUCGUUAUUUUAUCAUGGAGAGCUAAAAAUCCUUCAGAAAUGAUUAACGGAUAUAAAAUCAAUUUCCAACAAUCAUUGGGAAGUAAAAUCCCCAAUGCAAUUUUGAGCUUCUUCUUUAGACUCAAUUAUGGCCACCGAGCAUCGAAGAUUGUCAAAGCUCAAGGAAUCGGUGUACAUAAACCCGAUGAAAUUGUCGAAUUGGGCAAGGAGGAUUUGAAUACUUUAUCAGAAUUACUUGCUGACAAGCCAUUCUUCUUUGGUGAUGAACCAUCUCUGUUGGAUAUCGUCGUAUUUGCAUCAACAGCUCAAAUCUAUUUCAUUUCGGACGAAGCUAAAUAUGCUUUGAAGGAAUACAUGGUUGAACAUUGCGCAAAUUUGAUUGGACAUGUAUCACGCAUCAAGGAACGUUGCUAUCCUGAUUGGGAAGAGAUUUGCAACAAUUUAGAAUUAAAUCCACAUUUACCAAAACCAGAGCCAGAAGUUAAGGAGAACAAGGAAGGCGCUGAUACAGAAAAAGCCGCUGAACAAUCUGCUGAAACAGAAGAGUUAGUAAAAGAAAAGGUCGAAGAAAAGAUCGACGAAAACAAAGAGAAGGAAGUAGCAGCACAGUAAAGACAUAAGACGAGAACGUCAUCAAUCGAUCUCCCCACAAUGCGAGACGAUCACAUUUUAAGAUCAAUCAAUCUUCUUGUUUUAUAAUUUACUCAACUUUUUGGGUUUUCAAAAAAUAGUUUUGAAGUAAUUGACAAAGAAACUCAAAAGGAAAAAAAAUGCAAAAAAGACUCAAAACGAAAAAAACUUUUUUUUUUCGAUGAUAUUUUUACAAACAUAUUUAGCUUAAAAUAAUUUAAAUAAUAAAAAGAAGUGUUUUUGAUUUUUAUGUAAGAUCACAUGAAAGUGAAAUUUUCCCACCAACUCAUUUUUUUUAUUAAGAAGAAAGACAAAGAAGACGCAUGUUGGAUGUGGAACUUGAUAUCUUGAUUCGUUGUUUGUUUUUUAAAAAAGAAACAACAAAUAAGAUUUCAUCUUCCAUUUAAUCUUUUUUCUUUUCUUUGCUAGCAAGAAUAAAGAGAAAAUUUCAUAGCAAAACUUCUUAGAUCCAUUGAAACAACAUUUAACAUUAAUAAACACUCAUAAACACUUUUGCACAAUUGAAUUGCAUUUCUACAUUUCUUAAAUAUAUUCGGAAGAAGGUUUUCUGACCGAAUCUCAAAUGAUUUCACAGAUUGCCACUGCCACAACAAGAACAUUCUUUGAUUAAACUUCAUAAACAUUAAAAAAAUGACAAGAAAAUCAUUCAAUUUACAAUUUACUUUAACAUUUUAUAUGUUUGAUAUUUACUUUAAAUAAAUCCAUGAUACACAUCUACACGCAUUAUUACUAAAUAAAAAAAUAUUUAAUACAAAAAGACGAAAAGGAAGGAAAAAUGAAAAACUUUUUUGCAUUUUUUUACAUGUAUAUUUGAUAAGGUUUAAAUGAAAGAAACUCGUAGUAAUUAGGUAAUUGACAUUUAUAAUAUAAAAAGAUUGUCCCAUGAAAUUGUCUUUUGAUUGCAAUUGAUAGUUAUUAGUGAUAUUCGCUAUUGGGUUGCGUGACACUUUCACGAAAGCUUUCUUUUCGUUUCUUUUUAGAAAUUUAUUGCACAGCUUUCGGGAAAGUGUUUCAACCAAACCAUGGUGUUGCAUUUUUUUUAAAAACUAAUCAAAAGACAGUAAAAGAAAAAAAUCACUGAUGCGGAUAUUGACAUGAAAGAUCUUUGUGAAUGACAAGCUUAUUAAACAUUUAUAUUCAUGCUGCAGAAAUAAUUAUAAUAUGGCUACUUUUGAAGGAAACAAAUCCAACCAGCAAGUUUUAGUGCAACCGACGUUUUAUUAUUCUUAAUUAAAUAUGUAUCUUGUAACCGAUUUUUUUUGUAUAGAUAAACUUUUGCUUGAGAAAAAACAAACAUCAACAAAGUGUAAUUAUUUUUUUUUGUAUGCUUUACUUUUCACUUCUUGCUUUUCUCUCGUGAAGUCAAAAACGGGAGAAAAUUAUUCCGCAAUAUUUUUUUCUAAUUGAAAGGCAUUAAUAAGAUUAGCUAUGGAUACAUACUGAAAGACAUGGUUAAGUCAUAAAAUGAAGAUUGCAAGUUUUGAUAUUGAUUUGGAACGAAAAUAAACUAAGCUGUUGCAACUACUAUGGACGAAGAAAUAGGUAGUUAAGCAGAUAAAGAUUAAAAAAAAAUCGUAUAAUAGAUUUAAAUUAAGUGUGAGCUUGGUAAAUAAAAAAACAUUAAAACUCUAAAAAUAUAUUAUUAUAAAAGAAGUUCUCUCCCUUCCUCUUGAAAUAAUGUAAUUGAAAAUGCAGGGAUAUUUGUUUGAAGUGUUUUAGAAGAACUAAAAGAAUUUCUCCGUCAGACUCUUGACCUAAUGUCUUACUUUAAAGCCCUUUAGAUCAAACAGAAAACACAACCAAUUCUUUCUUCAUGUUUUAAUUACAACAUUUCAAAGUUUUACGUAUUUGACAUUUUGGAAAAACAUAUAAAAAUAAAUAAACCCAAUUGCCCCAAUUAUA